AUGUGGGCAAUGGUCAGCUUACUAGCUUCUGGUAUUGAUGGCCCAAGGAAUCUAAGGCUCUCGCGAGAGGCUCGUAUUUCUGAUGCAUGUUCGAGUUCCGGUUGGAAUCUCCCUGACCCAAGAUCUGAAGAGCAGCUGUCCCUCCAUACCCACCUAACUACGAUUGCACUGCCAGCCUUAUCAAGCAAGGAGGAUAGUUUCUGGUGGAUGACUAAUGGUUCUACCUCUUCUGUCUUCUCCUCCUCAAUAACAUGGGAAGAGAUCAGACCGCGGGAGGAUAGAAAACCUUGGGCGAAGACUGUAUGGUUUAAAGGUUGUGUCCCAAAAUAUGCCUUUAAUAUGUGGAUUGCCCAGCUUAAUAGAUUGCCAACUCGAGUCAGAUUAGCAACAUGGGGUAUGAAUAUCUCUACUCUCUGUUGUCUCUGUCCGGAUAGGGAAGAAACGCGAGAGCAUCUUCUUCUCGCUUGUGGUUACAGUCAUCAGAUAUGGAGUAUGGUUUUUGCUCGCCUUAGUCCCUCUCAACAUAUGUUAAGAACCUGGGCGGAGCUUUUAUCUUGGACCAGAUCACAUUCAGUUGCUGCUCCCUCCAUUCUCAAGAAGGUUGUGGUGCAGGCGACCAUUUAUCACAUCUGGAGACAGCGUAACAACAUCCUUCAUAAUCAACAGCAGAUCCCACCACCCACCAUCUUCAGGGGUAUUGAUCGCGACAUCAAGAAUAUCAUCUCAGGAAGGCGGAGGCGUCGCCGGUUUAGUAGCUUAAUGCUGCUCUGGAUUAGAUGA